AUGGUAGAGACUAGAACUUUGGAGAGAAAAGAAGCGGACUUUUUUGGUGCCGGACCUGCACUCUUGCCCACGGAUGUCUUACAAGAAGCUGCUCAUGAUUUGAUUUCUUACAACAAUGACAUCGUUGGAAUUGCUGAAAUUUCACAUCGUUCAAAACCGGCAAUUGCUGUCAUUGAUGAUACCAAGACUAAUUUAAAGAAAUUGCUUGACAUACCCGACAAUUACGAGGUCUUUUUCCUUCAAGGUGGAGGCACAACUGGUUUCUCCUCAAUAGCUUACAACUUGCUUGCGAAUCAUGCCAAGAGGACUGGCAAAAAGGGAAGAGCUGCGUACGCCGUUACUGGCUCUUGGUCCGCUAAAGCUGCAGAGGAAGCUAAGCGUUUGGGAUUUGAAGUUGACACUGUCGUCAAUACCAAGCUGAUAAACUACGGGGACAUCCCACCUUAUUCCGAGUGGGAACCCAUCAAGGAAAACACUUCAUACUUGUGGGUUUGUGACAACGAAACAGUCCAUGGAAAUGAAUUUCAAGAUACGCCUGGCUCAGAUUAUUUACCUGAAGGUGUUGAAUUGGUUGCUGAUAUGUCAUCAAACAUUUUGUCCAAAAAAAUUGACAUUGAAAAAUACGGUUUAAUUAUGGCUGGCGCUCAAAAAAAUGUCGGUAUUGCUGGAUUAACCAUCUACAUUAUUCGAAAAGAUUUGUUAGAUCAAGCAUCCGAUGAGGAAUUGAACAAGUUGGAAAUUCCGUUACUGCCUAUCGCAACCCACUAUCCAACGGUUGUUAAGAACAACUCGGCUUACAAUACGAUUCCCAUUUUUGCCUGUCAAAUCUUGAAGUUGGUCACACAGAAGCUUCUCAAGGAGGGGGGUCUUGCUGAAAGGGAGAAAGUCAAUAACAAGAAGGCUGAACUUUUAUACAAAGUCUUGGACUCCUAUCCAAAUUUCUAUAUUUUGCCGGUGGAAAAUCCUAAAGUGAGAUCCAAAAUGAAUGUUGUCUUCAAGUUGCCCAGUGAGGAAUUGAACUCCAAAUUUGUCGCUGAAGCUGAUGCUGCCAACUUGAAAGGUUUGAAAGGUCACAGAUCAGUUGGGGGAAUUAGAGCAUCCAUUUACAAUGCCGUCUCCCUUGAAAGUGUUGAAAGGUUGGUGAAGUUUGUUGAUGAGUUUGCCAAAGCUAAUAGUUAG